AUGCCGCCCUCGAUGGAAGAGGAGUCCAAGAAGCUCAAAGCGGCCUUCGAAGAGAUGCAGAGCCGCGUCCUAAAAGCGAUGCUUCCAGUAGAGAAGAAAGCGGCGCAGUGCACGCUGGGCUGCUAUGGGGACAUGUCAGACCCCACUGCCGUGCACACCUGCGCUCAGAGGUGCCAAUCUAGCCUGGAACGCACAGGCAAACGCAUCCAAAAUGAAUUGCAGGCAAUGCAGACUUCGGUGCAAUCGUGCCAACAAAGCGUGAUGGCGCGUGUGAAUCCCAAGAUGGAAAUGGCACAGAAUGAAGGCAAAGCCCAGCAGAUCCAAAAGAUCGAAGCCGAGUUCAACGAAGGCAUCACCCGGUGCUUCAAGGAAGCGCUUGAACAAUUCCCCGGUGUAGAGGGCACAAGGCAGCCGGUCUUUGAUUCUCCUGACCCUGCAGGUCCGGCGGAGGAGGAGGCGGAGAAGCGGGAGGCGGGAGGUCGCGAUGAGAAGGGCAAGGGCAAGGGUCGGCCUGAGUGGAACCCAGGCCUUGCCAGGAACCUGGACUUAGAGGCCGAGAAGUCAGGUGGCCGCGGUCGGAUGCAAUGGUACAGGGACCAUGAUGAUCGCCAGGAGAGCGGGGGACAACGACGACGGGGCGGAAGUCCUGACAAUUGGAAGCACGACAUGUUCGAGGAGAUGGCCAAGGCACCAGAGCCCAAGAAAGAGGAGGCCAAGAAGGCCGAUGAGGAGGAGAAAAAUGAGAAACCCAAAGCCAAGGAAGAUAAAGAGGAGGAGGAAGCGGAGGAAGCUUCUGACAGUGAUGACAACUGA